AUGACACCAGAACCAAUCACUCCUCUACUCAAGAAACUCGCCCACCCCUUAGAGCCUAACGAACCAGUGCAAGCUAGCGAAGUCGCUGGAGCCCUCACUAUGCUCUUAGAGGACAAAUUGAAUGAGACACAAGCCGCAGCUCUUUUGAGCCUACUGCACUAUAAGAAGAAGGACCAAGAUAUUGCUGUGAUCGAUGAAUCCAUUCCCCGUAUCAGCCAGAUGCAGCCAAACAUUGAAGCAGUCGCGUUGAAACGAGUGAUUUCUGAGCGGUCAGCAUUCGAAGGAAACUAUCUGGGCGGAUUUUGUGAAAUUGUCGGUACAGCUGGUAGUGCGACGCCAACUAUUCCUGUAACUACUACAGCAUCGAUUGUUACCUCUGUGGAGCCCGAGAAUAUUAUUGCUAGCAUUAAGCCAACAGCACCGGCGUUAACCAAGGUCGCACCCGAAAACGUGUCGGAGAUCUAUAAGCAUAGCAAGUACGCUUUUCUUCCUGAAUUGAACUUUUACCCGGGUACGAAAUUCACAAACCCGGUGCGCCGAGAAUUGGAUAUCCGUACGAUCUUCGAUUUAAUAAGCACACUCUUGCACCUGGUCGGUGUAAACGGGGGCAUGGAAGCGCGCGUCGUAGGCGUGUCUAAUUCUGACCUUGGCCCAGUUCUAGCGCAGGCCAUAAGGGACACCGGAGUAAGGAAAGUACCCAUUGUCUCAGGACAUGGUUUCCUGGACAGAAUCAGUCCAGAAGGUGUAACAUCAUGCUGGAUGUUCUCUGACCGAACUUACGAAGAGAAUGUCGCAAAAAUACAACACUUCACGCUGCAGCCAUUGGACUUUGGCGUCCCUAUACAUCCUCUGCAUACUCUGCAUACUCUUAAGGCAAAAUCUACCGUCAACGAAGAUGCCAAGCUUCUCGUUGACAUACUGCAUGGGAGCCAGAUUGGCCAUGGGGAACAUGGAAAGGACAUUCCAGAGCGCGGACCUGGUGGUUGUCAAUGGAAGGAGGGUCUUCGUCGGGCUAGAUGGUGCAUCCACAGUGGGGAGGCUCUUCGUUCGUUGGAAGCUUAUAUCCGCGCGACAAGUAUUAUAUAA